AUGAACACGGCACUACUGGCCGGUGUCGUUCUGUUGGUGGCGACGGUGUUCUCGCCCGUGCAGGGAGCGAUUGAUCCACCAUCGUGUGAUGCGUACGGCUGUACGUCGACGCUCCGGCAGGAGGAUUGUCCAAAGGGUCAGUUCUUGAUUUCGGGUGGUUCACUGAACGGUUGCUGCCCAGGGUGUCGCGGUGGCCGCGUGUACAUGGCCGUGUGUAACGACAACAUUCCUGAUCGUCGCUGUGCCCCCGGAUUGAAGUGUGGCGGUCGGAAGUGUAUUUACGAUCGUUCUACCUGUCUGCACACGUUGCAUCUCGAUAUGGAUCUGGUCGGUUGGGUACCGAAAUGCAACCUCGAUGGUACCUACGCGGCCAAACAGUGUCGCGGUGAUCGUCUAUCGGGUCGUUGCUUCUGCUACAGUGACGAUGGUAAGCGGAUCUUCGGAUGGGAUUGGUAUCGGAACACCGAGCGGAUGACAUGUGCUUGCAGCCGACGACGCGAUACGCUCGAGAGGGAGGGUCGGUUCGAUGUGACCCUUCACUGUACGCAGAACGGAAACUACGAAGAGUUGCAGUGCGAUUCGGGAUUGUGCUGGUGUGCGGACGAGUUCACCGGAAGCGUACAGCUAGGGACGACGGUUGUACACGAAAGCCUCUGGACACUGCUACCAUGCUAUAACAGCACGCUGCACGGUGAGACGUAUUUGCGACAGUGCGAGAGUGCCGCCUAUGCCCAGAAGAUGAUCCUCAAGAAGUUCUACACACGCGGUACGAUUGGGGUGACGUUCAACGAGAUUCGCUGCGAUUACGAUGGCGCCUACGGUCGCUUCAAGGUGGAGAAUGGAGUAGUCUUCUGUACGUGGCGCGAUGGCAAAAAAAUCGGUUCGUUCCAGGUCCGGUCCAGCAUGAUGUCCGGGGUGAACUGCUAUUGUGCCCGUGAUACGAUCAUCUUUCGCGAGGAGGGUAUCCCUUUUACGCUGGCCUGCGGUGGCAACGGAAACUACGAGUACUCGCAGGAUCAGAACGGGAAGCUGUUCUGUGUCGACAGCGAUGGGUUCGUGGUGACAACGGAGGUCGCACCGAACGAAGCGUGCGACAAGUUCAUCUAUAACUCCAACUUCUACGACGAGGAAUAGGGCACUCCAGAAGCUGGAACGUUGGCAAAACCCCUCUAAUAACCUAUCGGAUGUCAAAGCAACACGGUGGAGCUAGUAAAUCGUUUUCACCAUGACCACCCUGACCAUUUUGUAGUUCCCGGAACACUCACGUGGCACGAAAGGGAGUAUUGAGCAAUUUCUCUGGAAAACACUGCAACAAAACAUUCCAACCCAGAAGCCUCACGAAGUUGGUGACCUUAUGGUGACCAAGAACCUGUUCCACUUUAUUCGUCAACCACCACGCGCGAAUGGGCACCUCGAGGUCGUAAAUCUUUCUCGCCUAUUGCCCCUGUUAAAGGCGAGUCGCCAAACCUCUCUCUCCCCCUCUUUGCAACAGCCACUACCAAGAGUAGUGUACUGGCCGAAAAGGUUAGCUCGAACCCAAUUGACCGAGGCGGUGGCGGUGCUUUUGCUCGUAAUUCUAUCUGGCCACGGGGUAUCGAUUUCCAGUAACAAUCGCCCAACAAGUCCUGACCACCCAGGCAGAGGCAGAGAGAGAGAGAGAGCGGAGGAGGAAAGGGAACAUAACAAUAUGUCAACUUAGAAAGGUUUCAUUUUGCAGGGAUUUCCAGUAAUUGUUUGUAGCGCAGCGCAGCGGUUCUAUGCGAUACGGGAUUAUUCCGGAGAAUUCUAUUCACCCCCCGGUAACGAGAC